UGUCAAUCAAAUCCAUGUGUCAAUGGCACAUGUAUUGAGACAUCUCUUGGGUUUGCUUGCCAGUGUUCACCUGGUUACCAAGGGGUACAAUGUCAAAUGGGUAUGUAUUCAAGUUGUGCUAGACCAUGCAUUAAUGGCGGAACAUGCUUGGACACUCCAACAAGUUUCCAAUGCUUAUGUUCUCCUGGCUAUACUGGACUUCAUUGUCAAUUUGAUAUUAAUGAAUGCGCUUCUAAUCCAUGUAAAAGCUAUGGUCCAGGAGCGAUGGCUAAUUGUACUCAAGGAAUUAAUUCAUAUACUUGUUCAUGUCCAUUAGAUACCACUGGAGUAUCAUGUGAACAAGCAAUCAUUGCUUGCCAAUCGAAUCCAUGUAUCCAUGGUACAUGUAGUGAAACUGCUGCCGGCUUUGCUUGUCAAUGUUCACCUGGCUAUGAAGGAGUACAGUGUCAAUCAGAAAUAAACGAAUGUGCUUCGAACCCUUGUUCUAAUGGCCAGUGUAUUGAUCUAUUCAGCAAGUUCGUGUGCCAUUGCAAUUACGGCUAUUCAGGACCAUUAUGUAAUCAAGAUUAUAACGAAUGCGCAUCCAAUCCUUGUGUCAAUGGCUAUUGUUCUCAUUCUCCAAAUGAUAAUGGUUAUACGUGUUCAUGCUUUGGUUCAUAUACUGGAACUAAUUGUGAUGCACCCCUAUCCAAUUGCAAUUCGACUUUGUGCACUUUCGGAACUUGCAUUCCUACCGCCAAUUCCUUCACUUGCAAUUGUGCAAAUGGGUUUAGUGGCCAACUUUGUGAUACAGGCAAGAUAGCAGAUACAUUAUUUAUUUCAAUUCUACAUUAUGACAACAACUUUUUGAAUUUUAAUAUAUUAUCACCUUCAAUGUGUAGUAGGGAUCGCUUAUGCUUAAUAAUUAACAGUUUCUCUAGCGUUCCACCCUUAAAAAGCAUGUUAUUACCAUGA